CACUUUGUGUUUGACACUAACCAAUCACAGAAAGGCUAAUCUCAUGGUGUGACAUUCUUGUAAAGUACCCAAUCAGGAACAAGGAUUUCCCUCAUCCCUCAUUAGCAUUGCUGACGCGAUCAGGCUAUAAAAAGCGAGCUCCGAGACGGCUUUCGCUUAUUUUGUGUCUGAAAGUGACUGACGCUAUGCCAGAUGAGAAGAAAGCGCAGCAAGCCUCCAAGAAGGGCGCCAAGAAAAUCAUCAAGAAGGCGCCGGGGAAAGCCGGCAAGAAAAGGAAACGAUCCAGGAAAGAAAGUUACUCUAUCUACAUCUACAAAGUGAUGAAGCAGGUUCACCCCGACACCGGCAUCUCCUCCAAGGCGAUGAGCAUCAUGAACUCGUUCGUCAAGGAUAUUUUCGAGCGUAUCGCGGGGGAGGCUUCCCGCCUGGCCCAUUACAACAAGCGCAACACCAUCAGCUCCCGGGAGAUCCAGACCGCGGUGCGGCUGCUGCUGCCCGGGGAGCUGGCCAAGCACGCCGUGUCGGAGGGUACAAAGGCGGUGACCAAGUACACUAGCUCCAAGUGAGAUCCCACAUUGUGUUGAAAAAACACACAUCCAAAACCCAAAGGCUCUUUUAAGAGCCACCCACUACCUCACUGAAACAGCUGAACCGUAUUAACUUCGAUAGCCGAUGCUGGAGAAUCUGAGACGACAAGAUGUGGAGCUGGAUGAACACAGCAAACCAAACAGCAUCAGAGAAGCAGAAUGCAGCCUGUGGGGCUCUCCGUUGUCGGGUAGAGUCUUUCAAAAUGAACCGAGAUUAACAGGGAAGUCUGAUCUCACACAAUAAUCACAAAAUUUUCGGAAGACGCUGAUGUUUUGAAUGAGAACGAGAGAGGUUAUGUCAAGGAUCAAUUUGUAAUCUAAAAGGAAAUUAAAUCAUACGCAUUCAUGUAAAACGUCUUCCUCGUAUUGCCCAUAUUGGCGGGCUUUUCAAAUCGGAAAGAAAACGGUUGAUGAUUUGGCGCCGGUAUUUUCGUACGGUUGCCGCGCCGAGGAAUUUUGUUUUAUUUUCAAAUCUCCCCGGGUUUUGCAGAAAGCUAUAAAUGAGGCUUUCUGCUGUCGGUGGGAAAAUUUCAAAGUGAACCGAGAUGAAAGCAGAACAGCUGGCGGACUGGCAUCGCAAAAGUAGAAAUAUUGUUGAUCUUGUGCAAUAGGGAGCGCGAUUGUAAAAUAUUGUUUAAAGCAGU